AGGACGGCCGCGGGGCACGAGUGCGGCCCGCGGGGCUCUCGCCUGCGUCGCGCCGGGGACAAAGGAAGCAUCAUCUUUUGCUGUAAUGCUUUGACCUGGCUCUUCUUUUCAAUGUUAACAGAAGCCAUGCAGUGACACCCGCUAAGACUUGUUGGUAGCCAUGUCGGAGCCCCACAGGGUCCAGUUCACCUCUCUCCCAGGUUCUCUGAAUCCCGCAUUUUUGAAGAAGUCCCGGAAAGAGGAGGUUGGGGGAGCAGAACAGCAUCAGGACUCUGAGCCGGCUGCAGCAGCUGUGCGGAUUACACUCACUCUCUUUGAGCCCGACCACAAGCGCUGCCCAGAGUUCUUCUAUCCUGAGUUGGUGAAGAACAUACGAGGGAAGGUGAAAGGCCUUCAGCCCGGAGACAAGAAGAAAGAUCUCUCAGAUCCUUUCAAUGAUGAAGAAAAGGAAAGGCAUAAAGUGGAGGUCCUUGCCCGGAAAUUUGAAGAAAAAUAUGGUGGAAAAAAACGUAGGAAAGACCGAAUCCAGGACUUGAUUGAUAUGGGGUAUGGUUAUGAUGAAUCAGAUUCCUUCAUCGAUAACUCUGAGGCGUACGAUGAGCUCGUUCCCGCUUCUUUGACUACAAAGUAUGGUGGAUUUUACAUUAACUCAGGAACCCUGCAGUUCAGACAGGCAUCAGAAUCCGAGGACGAUUUCAUUAAAGAGAAGAAGAAGAAAUCUCCAAAGAAGCGGAAGUUGAAGGAAGGUGGUGAGAAGAUAAAGAAGAAGAAAAAAGAUGACACUUAUGACAAGGAGAAGAAAUCGAAAAAGUCCAAGUUUUCCAAAGCCGGCUUCACAGCCCUCAAUGCCAGUAAGGAGAAGAAGAAAAAGAAAUAUUCUGGGGCUUUGAGCGUGAAAGAGAUGCUGAAGAAAUUUCAGAAGGAGAAAGAGGCUCAGAAGAAGCGGGACGAGGAGCACAAGCCUGUGGUAGUCUCCCCGGCAGAAGCUCAGGGCCUGCGGGAAUUGGAGGGCGCCUCGGACCCCUUGCUCUCGCUCUUUGGCUCCACUUCUGACAAUGACCUGCUCCAGGCGGCCACUGCCAUGGACUCAUUGACUGAUUUGGACUUGGAGCAGCUGCUCAGUGAGUCUCCAGAAGGAAGCCCCUUCCGUGACAUGGAUGAUGAGAGCGAUUCCCUUGGAGCGGGGCUGGAGCAGGAAUUCAGGCCACCCACUUCCCUCCCCGAAGGUCUGCCUGCGCCCCUGGAGAAGCGCGUGAAGGAGCUGGCUCAGGCUGCCAGAGCUGCCGAGGGAGAGAGCAGACAGAAGUUCUUCACCCAGGAUGUCAACGGCGCCCUGUUAGACAUAGAGGUGCAGGCGCGGGAGCUGAGCAGCCAGGUCCGCUCGGGAGUGUACGCCUACCUGGCUUCGUUCCUGCCCUGCAGCAAGGACACCCUGGUCAAGCGUGCUCGGAGGCUUCACCUCUAUGAGCAGGGGGGGCGCCUGAAGGAGCCUCUCCAGAAGCUUAAGGAAGCCAUUGGCAGGGCGAUGCCAGAGCAGAUGGCCAAAUACCAGGAUGAAUGCCAGGCACACACGCAGGCAAAGGUGGCCAAGCUGCUGGAAGAGGAGAAAGACAAGGAACAGAGAGAACGGAUUUGUUCUGAUGAGGAAGAAGAUGAAGAAAAGGGGGGCAGGAGAAUAAUGGGACCCCGGAAGAAGUUCCAGUGGAAUGAUGAAAUCAGGGAGCUGCUCUGCCAAGUGGUGAAGAUGAAACUGGAGAGCUUCGACCUGGAGAGGAGCAACAAGGCCCAGCCCUGGGAGGACUGCGUGAAGGCGUUUCUGGAUGCCGAGGUCAAGCCUCUGUGGCCCAAAGGCUGGAUGCAGGCCAGGACUCUGUUUAAGGAGAGCAGACGUGGCCAUGGGCACCUGACGUCACUGCUGGCUAAGAAGAAAGUAGUGGCCCCUUCUAAAGUCAAGGUGAAGGAAUCAUCUGCUAAGCCUGAUAAGAAGGUCUCCAUCCCAUCAGGCCAGAUUGGCGGCCCCCUUGCUCUGCCCUCAGAUCAUGCGGGAGCAGGCCUGAGCUGCGGGGCUGCAGGACGGGAUCUCUCAUCCCAGGCAUCUGGCGGCCAUGCUAGUUCGGCCCCCAUCAGCCUGGAGGACUCACUGGACGGCGACCGGAUCCGCGGCUCAGCCUCCUCCCUGGAGGCCGUGUCCAAGGAGCUGGCUGCUCUGAGCAGCAGAGCCAGUGGGGGCGCAGACUUUGCGCUGCCCGCACCCUCGAAAGCCCCUGCGGAAAAAGUUGUGGGUGUUUUAUGUACUGAAGAAAAAAGGAACUUUCCGAAGCCCAGCCCUUCUGCCCCACCACCCUCUAGUUCUUUGCAGUCACCUCUCAAUUUCCUGGCUGAACAGGCUCUGGCACUGGGGCAGUCCUCUCAGGAGAAAAAAACAGAGAGUUCUGGCUACAAAGAGCUGUCCUGUCAGGCUCCCCUCAGCAAGGGCCUGCCAGAUGUGCACCAGUCCAAAGCAAAGCACCACGGUUUGCCACGGACGUCUCACGGACCCCAGGCGGCGGCUUCCGGGCCCAGCCCCCAGGUCAAAGUCUUUCAUGCAGGCGCUCAGCAGAAGAGCUUCCCCCCCCCAGCCCCGUUGGUCAGUAAGCUGCCCCCCACGGCCCCGCUGGUCAGUAAGCUCCAGGGCCCUAAGGCUCCCUCCCCACAGUGUCAUCGCUCACUCCUCCAGCUCGUGAAGACGCCCAGCAAAGGACAGAACUUCCACCCUUCCACGCCAGCCUCGGCAGGAGGCACGCCCGUCUCCGGCAGCAGCUCUCAUAAAACCCCCGCCUCGUCCUCUGCUGCCCUGAGCCACCCCACGAAGCCACACUCGGCCAGUGCUUCAGGGCCGUCUUACAAGAGCAGCCCCUUUGCCGGCCCCCUCUCCAAACAUGGGCUUUCCUCUGGCAGCUCUUCCUCUGGGGGAACACCAGCCCAGGGCUCGGCCUCCGGGAGCCUGCUUCCGGGGGUGCAGCCUCCCUCCACGGGGCAGCCCCCCAGCCGGCCGCUGCCUGGCUCCGCAGUGAAGAAACCACCCGUGUCCCAGAAGCUGACCCUGGUGGCCCCUCCCGGCGGCCCCAAUGGAGAUUCCAGUGGCGGGACCCAGGGAGUGGCAAAGCUCCUCACCUCUUCCCUGAAGCCGAGCACGGCCAGCAGCGUGGCCUCGUCUCCCUCCUUGCCGAAGGGAACGAGUGGGGCUGUGCUGCUGACCAGCUCCUCAAGUCUGCUGUCCUCGUCAUACAAGUCAGGCAGCCCAAAGCUGCCCGGGGCCGUGAACGCCAGCUCCCUGGGCAUCAUCUCCCCGUUUCCUCUCCACAUGAUCUCCUUUGGCGCUGAAGCCUCUGCCAAAGCAGGGGUCUCCAAGGACGCCAUCGUCACGGGACCUGCCCCUGGGACUUUCCACCAUGGCCUCAGCCACAGUCUCCUGGCUGGCUUGCACUCCAGCCCACCCCGCGCAGCGCCUCUCCCACACGCUGCGGUGUCCACCCACAUCCCGCAGAGUCUGCCAGAUGCUUCUCAGCUUCACGGGAAGGGGCCUGGCGUUCCACGGAAAUUGUGACCCAUUCGGAGGAAGGGCCUGAUUAGCUUGGGUCUGGGUAGAAGAUGACCGAAUAGGCCUCAGAAAUUGGAUAAUCGCCACGCCCUUUCUGCUGGUCGGUUUUCUUCUGGAGAAGGCGUGAGCAUCUCUGGGCACUUGGGAAGGGACAGCCUGUGCUUCUCCUGGCACUGACUGGCCUGGUGGCCCAGGCUUCGUGGCUCUGUCUCGGACACUCGCUGGAGGGGCAGCCCCAGGUGGGGAGCACCCCCACUUGUGUAUGGAGCUUUGUCGGCGGGUGGCGCCGUCGGCACACGUGGUGUUUACAUCUGCCUCUCCCCCUGGCUUUGGUCGCAGUACCCUCAUGGCGCCCUAUUGGCCAGGGGCUCCUCCUGGCCACAGUGGAUGCCUGGAAGGGCCUGGUGCCCACCUAUCCGCAAGUGGUGUGCGCGGCAGGACAGAACCCGGGCUGACGCCGCAGCUGGGAGACUUACCUGGUCUCUCUGAGAAUUCGCAGAUCACCCACUGUGCUCGUCGUGGGGCCGGUUUCUCUGCUGAACAUGACAGCGAAGCUCUUUUAGAGAAAAGACCUUUGUAGGUUCAACGAUUGUGAUAGGAUUUUUAAAGACUUAUUUUUGGCUCAGUUUUCAUCAUUACCGUUAAAUGCAUUGGCUAGAAUGGUACUGUUCGUCACGCGUCGCAUUGUAGGAAGACAUAAUCCCAGUGCCUUUAGGGUGGAGCAGGGCUAGACAGCACGUCCAUUCAGCCCCCUGCGUGGGCCUCAGAUGGAGACCUUUUUUUAAAGACAUGUCUGUAUUUUAGACAUAGCAGUUUUAUUUGAGUUUUUUACAGUUGCACAUCAUAAUCUGUGCUGUUCUGAUGUGAAGGUCAUCUGGCCUCCAGGUCCCAGGCCCCCGAUUUAGCCAGGCCCAGUUGUAUUACUCAGUUGAUGCCGGUGGACUGCAGGGCCCCAAAGCCUGACUUCAUCUCUCAGGGCCGAGGCCGUGAGGAGUCCCGAGUCUCUGUGUAGACGCGUUCUCAGGACCGCAGGGUCCAAAACAGCCUUGAGGUCCUGGGGUGUCCCAGGCAGGGGGGCUCCACAUUGACUUCAGGGGACACUGUUGGGCUUAAGAGACGACAUCAGACAGACGAGGGGUUAGCCUGGAGCUCCUGAGCCGCCAGGCUGCUUCACGGCAGCACGGGGCCUCUGCUCCCGCCCCAGGGCCCUGCCGCUCAGCGUUGGUGCCGGCUGCCUCCGCCCGUGGCCGUGUUGUCAGGAUUAGCAGCAGCCUCAGGUGUGGCCUGUGUGAAAAACCGCUGUCCGUUCCCGACCCUGAUGUCCAGUGCUCAGUGGCUCGCGACCCUGCAGAGGGUUGCCAGUCACUAGGGGAGCGUGACCUCGGCCAGCCUUCUGGUCAGGCCUCUGCUUUUUUUUAAUGUAAGAACCACCUCGGGCUAAGUGGAUUCCUCACCCCUUUGUUAUAUAUAUUUUUUGCAACUUGGAUCUCCGUUUGUUUACAGAGUAGUCUUAGGUAGUAGCAAAAGAGCCAAAGAAGAGAUUUGCAUUGCUGAGCUCGAAGCCGAGCAGAGGCCGUCCUGACGCUGAGCAGUGGGGAUCUCCAGGCUUCUCUGCCCGAGAGCUCCUGGGGACUGUGCCAGCCCCGGCCCCUCCCCUGCAGCCCCCACCCCUGUGCCAGUGACAUGCAGCUGGAGCAGAAUUUCCUCAUUUUUAGGAAUCUAGUGAUGCCUCUUGCCUCAGGGAACCGUUUCUUUGAUGGGGAGUUUAUGGGAUUUCUUUUUCCUCUCUAUGCUUUAUUCGUGGGAAGGUGCGAGUGAGUGACUUAGCCAGCCAUGGCAGGUGGGGCCACAGCAGUGGGCUCCUGGGCCAGAGGCGCACCUGUCAGGCAGCCCGCUGUGGCUUCUGUGCAGGAUUGUGUCGGUGGUGGGGGUGGAGUGGAAAUUGUUAAUCUUGUAUAAAGCAACUCAAUAAAUUGUUUCAAGGUUUCCAAAACACUUUCUCCUUCUUUUGUUGUUGCCAUAUUUGCAAGUAAUCCUUUUUCUUGCAGGAGCUGGUGUCUGUGGGCAGCCCAUUUUGGCCAAGUGCCAGCAAGGGAGUGGGGGAGUGAGCCCCCAGCGGAGAGAAAGAAACACACUUAGCAUGAAAUUAGAAUCAAGCCACCAGGGUUUUAUUUUCGUGCUAUAAAUAGAGUUCCCUAUUCCUUCCCAUUUUCUUGCAUAAUACAUGAGAUACAGAGAACCCCAAAUUGGUUUGGUGAGAAAUCCAGUUUAGUUUACCUAAAUACCAAUGCGAGAACAGCAAGACUUGUAAGGCACUGAAAGGAAGGCGAACAGCAGCGUAGUC